AUGUCGCCCGUCACCUUCACCAGCGCCUUUCCCGAACCCGACGCCCGCCUCCUCGCCGUCGCCGAGAGCCUCAAGCCUGAGCUCACGCGCACCCGUCUUCCGCUCCGCAACGUCGUCGAGGUCGAGCGAGACGAGUCGAGCCUCCUCGGGUGGAAGGCCGUUCCCGCCGCCAUCCCUGUCGUCGAGGACCUGCCACUGCUCGACUCGGGCAAGAGCUGCGUCCUCGACCUCGGCGAGCACGUCGCGGGCUACCUUCAGUUCGAUGUCGCGGGCCUCCCGUUCGAGAAGGAGCCGGCCGACGCGCCCGCUCGCAUCAAGUUGACGUUCGGCGAGGUCCUCAACGAUAUCGCUGAGCCGUUCGAGCCGUACAAUGGCUUUCUCGCCAAGUCGUGGCUCCCCGAGGAGACGGUCGUCCUCCAGCGGCCGCACUACAAGCCCGUCACGAUGCGCAUCACGAACCGCUACGCGUUCCGCUUCGUCAAGAUCGAGGUCAUCGCCACGUCCAUCCGCUACGGCUUGCAGUUCUCAAACGUGAUCGCGACCGCCGUAUCGUCUGCGCCGCGCCAGAACCCGCCCGAGCUCACCUUUUCCGGCCCCGAGGCGACGUCGCUCAAGCUCUCGAGCGAGGACAAGGCCAUGCUGCUCAAGAUCGACGCCGCCGCUCAUACGACCUUGCGCAACUGCAUGCAGACGACGUACGAGGACGGGCCUCGGCGCGACCAGCGCCUGUGGAUCGGCGACUUGCGCCUGCAGGCCCUCGCGUCGUAUGCGACGUUCGGCGACCGCGACCUCGUCAAGCGGUGCCUGUACCUGUUCGCCGCCAUGCCGUUCAACGACGAGGGCCUGCUCUGUGCGUGCGCGUACGAGGAGCCUGAACCUCACACGGGCGGCAACAGCAUCGUCGACUACGCGCUCCUGUACACCAACUGCCUGCUCGACUACGUCAACUUUACGGGCGACAAGGCGACCGGCGACGAGCUGUUCGACAUCGCCCGCAAGCAGUUCGACCUCGCCGCUCGCCGCAUCGGCGACGACAUGCUUUACGUCGUCCCGGUGCCCAAGAGCCUGCUCGGUGGCGAGGAGUGGCACUUUGUCGACUGGCAAGAGUCGCUCGAGAAGUCGACCGCGAUCCAGUGCAUCUUCAUCUUCUGCCUGCGCGCCCUCGUCGACCUCGCCAAGGUGCUCGGCAAGCCCGAGCCGACCGUCAUCGUCGCCGGCAAGCCCGUCCCGGCUGCAAAGCUCGCCGACCAGCUCCGCCGCGCCAUCCGCUCGGCCGCGUUCGACGGUGUUAAGUUCCUGUCGGGCCCGGACAAGCAGCUGUCGUGGGCGAGCAACGCGUGGGCGGUCCUCGCGGGCGUCACCGACUCGCAGGAUGAGGCGCAGAAGGCGCUCCUCGCGGCGUACGAGACCGAGGGCGCGGUCGGGGGCAACACGCCCUACCUCCACCACUACCUGUGCGAGGCGUUCAUCAAGGCGGGUUUGCGCGAGAAGGCCGUCGAGCACAUCCUCCAUUACUGGGGCUCGAUGAUCAAGGCCGGCGGCUCGUCCUUCUUCGAGUGCUGGGUGCCGUCGCAGCCGCGCUUCUCGCCCUACGGCGCGUUUGCGAGUCAGUCGUUCUGCCACGCGUGGAGCUGCACGCCGAGCUUGCUCCUGCGCUCGAUGGGCUUGGCGUAGUAGAUAGCGAGGGAGAUGAAACAAGUAGUUAUCCGUGCGC